AUGGGCCAGAACUCCUCCAAGAAGGGCAAGGGCGGCGGGCAAGGGGGUGGAGUGAGUGGGGACGGCCACGUCUACCGGCACGCCCACCGCAAGAUGCCCUACCGCACCGAACGCCUCGAAGUCUCCCCCGCCGCCAAGGAGGCCGCCUCGGCUGAAGUGCAGGAAAACGAGGGACCCGUGCGCGUCAUCUUCGACACUGACAUCGGCACUGAUGUGGACGACGCGUUGGCGCUGCUGAUGCUGCUGCACUUGCCCAAGGAGGACGUGGAGCUGCUGGGCAUUACCACCACCUACGGCUACACCCAGGUGCGAGCCCGGGUAGCACAGGAAAUCGUCACUGCCUACGAGCGCGGCCAGUCCACACGGGUACCUGACGAGGUCGGCGAAGUCGAAAAGAACGAAAGCAAAAGCGAAAAGAACGAACACGAAGACGACGAAGCGGAAGCGGGCGAGGAAGCCAAAGAACACCAGCCAAAGCCGCCGUCAGAUCCGCCGCGAAUUCCUGUGAUCGCCGGUCACGGCGUCGAACUCGGGACGCACCGAGACGUGUGGCACACGGGAACGGAGGGGAUGGGCCUGUUCCCGCUCGACGAGAUCGAUCAGAUGAUGGCCGCCCAGAAGAAAGAAUGCGGCGACAAGAAGGCCGCAAAGAAGGGCAACGCCGCGCGGUUCAUCGCCAGCACGGUGGUGGUAAUCGGGCUGGGCGCACUCACCAACAUCGCCGAGGCUCUGGCGCUGGAUCCGGGCAUCGCCACCAACAUGCGGCUGGUGUACAUGGGCAUGGGCCAUCGCAUGAAAGAGGCCCAAACCGAGGACUUCCCCUUCAAGUCGCCCACCGACCCCUUCGAGCCCGGACACGGUCAGUUCCCUCCCCCUCGAUCGUCGUGUGCCGGCCUUCGAAUCGACGUCAUCAACGACGCCGUCACCAACAAGCUCUGGUGGACCGGCGACCCCUGCCUCGCGCUCAUGCACGCGACCGCCCCGCCGGAGAGCGAGGUGGUCGGGCGGCUGCUCAAGACAUGGCUGUACUACCGGAGCGGCAUCUUCUUCCGCGAUGUACGCGGAACGUGCCCGCACGACGCCCUCACCGUCGCCGAAGCCAUCUACCCCGAUCGGUUCGUCAAGUAUGCACGAGGACACCUCAUGAUCCACGAAUGGGCGGGAUUUUCGACGUUCGUGCUGGAUGAGGCCGGGCCGCACCGGAUCGGCGUGACGGUGGCGGCCGAGGAGUUCCUCGAAUUCCUCUCGGCUGCGCUCACCCAGGACCUGGUCAGUCGGCCGCACGACCAGAUCGACGCACUGGAGGAGGGACGCAUGCUCGAGGAGGUCAAGCUGCGCAGCUUCGCGACGGCGCCGCCGGAGAGCGAGGUGGUCGGGCGGCUGCUCAAGACAUGGCUGUACUACCGGAGCGGCAUCUUCUUCCGCGAUGUACGCGGAACGUGCCCGCACGACGCCCUCACCGUCGCCGAAGCCAUCUACCCCGAUCGGUUCGUCAAGUAUGCACGAGGACACCUCAUGAUCCACGAAUGGGCGGGAUUUUCGACGUUCGUGCUGGAUGAGGCCGGGCCGCACCGGAUCGGCGUGACGGUGGCGGCCGAGGAGUUCCUCGAAUUCCUCUCGGCUGCGCUCACCCAGGACCUGGUCAGUCGGCCGCACGACCAGAUCGACGCACUGGAGGAGGGACGCAUGCUCGAGGAGGUCAAGCUGCGCAGCUUCGUCUUCGCCGGGUGA